AUGCAUAUAUUUUUUUCUGGUAUUGGUGGAAGUGGAAUUGGUCCACUUAGUCUGAUUGCUCUACGCAUGGGUUAUGAUGUUUCAGGAUCUGAUAAACGAAAUUCAGACUAUAUUGAGCAACUUCGCAAAAAUGGUAAAGUGAGCAUAGUAAUUACUCAGUCAUACGAUUCUAUUUCGAAAAUUCAUAUGCAAAAUCCAAUCGAUUGGUUUGUCUAUUCAAGUGCUGUUUCUAUUGAACAACCAAACUCGCCAGAAUUUCAGUUCUGUGCUGAUCAUGGAAUUAUGGCUACGAAACGAGAUAAACUCAUCAAACAUAUAAUUGACGCGAAACAACUUCAACUCAUCGCUGUAGCUGGAUCGCAUGGAAAAACAACAACUACAGCGAUGAUAAUAUGGCUAUUUAAAGCGCUCAAUAUUCCAAUCAGCUACUCAAUAGGUGGAAAAAUUAGUUUUGGUGAUAUUGGUACCUAUCACCCGAAAUCAACAUUCUUUGUGUAUGAAGCCGACGAAUAUGAUCGUAAUUUUCUUGCUUUCCAGCCCUAUAUAGCUGCCAUAACUGGAACCACCUGGGAUCAUCCAGAUACUUAUCCAACAGAGCACAGUUACAUUCAAGCUUUUCGAGAUUUCGUGAAGCAGUCAAAAUACACAAUUGUAUGGCAAAGCGGCAAAGAGCAGUUGGAUAUCCAAAUAAAUAAAGACACGGUAAUAAUCCAAGAUGAUGAUUCACAUAUCAUGUUAUUUUGCUUGAUUGGUGAAGUAAAUCGUCGCAAUGCGUGGCAGGCCGUCUGGGUUGUUCACAUUGCUACGAAUAUUUCUAUCUCUGAGCUGAUCGAGCAUGUGAACCGAUUUCCAGGUGUAUCACGUCGGUUUGAACAAAUUCGUCCUAACUUGUAUACAGACUAUGCUCAUACGCCGGCAAAAAUCCGUGGAGCACUACAAGUCGCUCAUGAAAUAGCUGGAAAUAAUGUUGCUGCUGUUUAUGAAGGUUUUCAGAACACUCGACAACAUUUUAUGAAAAAUGAUCUUUGUCACCUUUUUGACGAUGUCAAACAUGUCUAUAUUGUACCAAUAUACUUGGCACGUGAGGAUCCUGGCUUAGAAAUUUUGAGUCCUAACACGCUACGAACAUUUUUAAAUGAUCAAACGCAAGGCAAUACCACACCAAGCCAACUUGAUGAAACGUUGAAAACUCAGAUUCAACAGCAUAUAAACAGUGGUGAUCUUGUCCUUGGUCUAUCGGCAGGAUCAAGUAAUAGUCUGGAUGAAUGGUUGAGAAGAACAUUCGAGCUUCCNUACUUGGCACGUGAGGAUCCUGGCUUAGAAAUUUUGAGUCCUAACACGCUACGAACAUUUUUAAAUGAUCAAACGCAAGGCAAUACCACACCAAGCCAACUUGAUGAAACGUUGAAAACUCAGAUUCAACAGCAUAUAAACAGUGGUGAUCUUGUCCUUGGUCUAUCGGCAGGAUCAAGUAAUAGUCUGGAUGAAUGGUUGAGAAGAACAUUCGAGCUUCCUAUCUAA